AUGUCCAGUGCGGAGAUUUUGGCAAAGAUUGCUGAAGAUGAAGAUGCCUACAACGAAGGCCUCUCUACUUGGGAGGAAGGUAGGCGGAAUGGUGCCCGUCGUAGCAAGAAUUCGGAUCGUUCAACCCAAGUAACCGGCGAGGUUCGCAAUGCUGUCAAUACCAAGCAAUUGCUUGGGUACCUCUGGCCUCAGGCGCUUUUGAAAAAGCACGGGCUGCAGGACCUGUGGGCCCAAGGCCCACGACAGACUGUGAAUCACUUCGGCAAGACCAUUACUGGGAUUAUGCGGGAUUGCAAUGGGGUGGGUGCCAUCGAGGUGACCCAGGACAGCCAGGUCGCGGCGGUGAGGUCUCAUCAUGUUUGUGAUCGUGAGGCUGAGGAGCAAGAUGAGGCUAAUGAGAUCCACCAGGGUCUGACCAAGCAGUUGAAGUUGACCCACGAUGAGCAGGGCAACGGUGUGCUCAAGGGUAAGAAGAAGGCCAGGGAAGAUUUGGAUGAUUUCUUCGGCAUUUGGGGAGUAUCGGGUGUUGUGUCCUCGACGGCUGCUUCUACGAAUGACGAUGAGAAGGACGAAUCUUCUCAGGCUACGACGAAGGCCACCAAACGUCCUCGCAAAGAGGCAGCAGCCAAGGCUGGAGUUUUCGGCGGAAUGGGGUCCCGGCUGUCUUCUGCUACUCUGACUAUCAAUGCACCCGGAGAUGAUGGAAGCAGCCUGCCAGAUUCCUCGACUCCUCAGUUUGGAGCUUCUUCGUCAUGGCUGUUCGGCGGGACUAGCAAGCUCCGUUCCAAAGGAAAAGCUAGGGGCAAGGGAUCAUGCAAGGGCUCCAAGGAGUUGGACAUCACGGACAGGAUCCUGCAACAGUAUGACAGCAUGAAGGCGGCUUUCGCAAAUGAUGCCUCUUUCAUGGGUAUAUCCUUUGCCAAGGUGACGACCAUGUCUGAGAAGUUGCAGGGUCGAAGUAGUGAAGAGUGCCUGAAGCUCUUGAGGGAGUUGUCAUCGUCCGGAUCUGGAGUCGACACUGAGAGGGCCCUGACAACUAUGCGAAAGCUCACUUCUGCAAAUUCAGAGGUUCCGGCUCUUUGUCAGGUGGUUUCAGCAGUGCAUGAUGUGGAAGCGAGUGCGGCUACAUUGUUAGAGGGAAUCGAGGAAGCCAAGAGUGCAGGCAUUUCGUUACCGGAAAGCUUGCAGCAGAUGUACCAUGCCCGAGCCUUGAUGGAAAAGUGCAAGGCUGGAGAUUGGCAAGGCUUCUUUGACAUGUUGCAAGGUGAUGCAAUUGCAGCAAUGUUCGGGAACGGUCCUGAGCAAGAUGCCCUCAUUGAGUUCCAAUUCUGCUCUUUCCGAUCCUCGCUAUCUAAACUCCUGCAGCAAGAAGUCUCUGUGCAGUCCGAUCAGCCCGAUCCCGAUGUGCAGUCGCAGCCGAUCUCCGAGGAAGAGAAAGCCCAUCGUGAGGCGACCAAGAACCAGGCUACAAAGGCAAGGGCUUUGGAGCUGGCCAGUGGUGUGAAGGAGUUCUUGCAACUCUUCCUGGAUUCGUCUUUGUCUACUUCCUGGUCCCAACAUGCCUCUGUGGCGCCAUUCGUCGUGGAGAUCGAGAAUUUGAAGAAGGUGGCCGAUGCAGCAUGCAUGGGUGAGAGAACCAUCCCUGCUGAUGAAGUCGACACACUGAAAAGUGCUCGUAUGUCGUUGCUGCACAAGAAAGCCGCACUGCAUGAAUGCAUGACAUUAUUUCCAUUAGGUCAGUUCAUCCAACAGAUGUGCAAUGCUGGGCUUGAGGCUUUUCAUCGUGACAAGGCUCUUGCAAGUGACUUGGACUCCUGUAUCACUGCUUGUGCUCAGAUGAAAAGCUUCACAAUGGAUUUGCUGCUGAAGGGCGAGGCCCCCGACAUCACAAUCCAAGUUCCAGGACAGGCUAAGCUUUGCGAAGUUGUGCAGAAGAUGAAUAUGAUUCAGAAUACAGCCUCGGCCAAUUUCAUGCAAGAAUUUGAGGCCCAGAUGGCUUUGGUCGACACCAAGAUGCAGGAGGUCAAGUCUGCCUUGGCCAAGGCAUGUGCCCGGAAGUUCCAGCUGCUAUGUGGUGAUCAAUUGCUUGAGGUCUUGAACAUGGCCCUUUCGGAGAACCUGACAGCAGAUAUCACAGCCAAUCUCAUCGAGAAGGUGAAUUUCGCCAAAUCUUUUGCACCUUGCUCCCAGAGUGUGCUGCAGAAAUGCAUUGGUUUGCAAUCCCAAGAUGUGAUCUCCGUCAUAACGAAUGUGAAAGAAUUCUUCGGAAUUUUGGCGACUGCCCUUCCAGGGCUUGUUGCCUUGUUGCAAGCCAGCAGCGAUGCAGGUCAGUUCUCUCCGUCCCGUUUGUUGCAUGCCGAGAUGCUUAAGUUCAUGGAAGCUUGGGCAAGUGCUACCAAGAGAUCAGCAUUGCAAGAGAUGGUGCCCGAGAUUCACGAGAAGCUUUCUGCUCUUGUACAGAAGGUUUGCCAGAAUGCCAUGUUGGUCGUGGCUGCCGAAGCACAAGGAUUCCUCCAUUUCGUCAUGUUCUUGUCCGGAUAUGAGAAGAGCAAGGAGAUGAACACCAUCGUCGGCGAGUUCCAGGGUGAUGAAGACAAGGUUAUGUUGGAUUUCACGGGAAUCUUUGAGAAUUACUACAUGGAGUUGCCCGACAAUUGGUGUCCUCUUAAGCAUGGUGAUGUCGAGUUGCCUAGUUCGGCUAUCUGUGCAGCAGGGGCAGUUCUUCCUCUGGCGAAGAUGCUCGUCCACAUGUCCGAGUGGACAAAAUCCCUUCACGAGCUGACUUCCACUGCAGCUGCUUUGCAGAAGCCCGGCAGCCGACCCGAGGAGAUGUUUUCCGGUUGUGUUAUGAGUGUUUUGGCUAGCAAGGAGCACGAAGCAGGUAAGUUCAUGCAUUGUGUGCGACGGGCUUCUCAUGGUGCCAACAUUACACAGCAGGCCGUCGCCGCCCAUUUCGUGUGUGGUAUGCAGGCCAAGGGAGCACAGCUUUUCCUGAAGAUGAUUGAGGUUGCAAUCGUAGAUUUUCGGGAACUUCGUGAGAUGUUGCAGAAUUCCUACAAGCAGUUCGACGGCAUCCUUGAAUUCAAUGCAGCAUUGGAUGAAGGCAAGAUUGAUCCCCAGCUCACGGAUAGGAUGUGCAAUUGCCUCGCUAUGCAGAAAUCCUACUUGUUCCUUUCCCAUGGUGUGGAGAUGGUUGAUAGCUUGCAGAGGUUCCUUGUGGGUCUUGCAGCAGCUGCUACUCCAGCUGGUCAGAAUGAGUUUAGGUGUGGUGCCGAUUUUCGCGAGGUGGCUGAUGCGGCCAAUGCAAGCAUUCGGGAGUUGAAAGCAUUCCUGACAGCUGAUUCCAAUUCAAAGGUCAGCAUCCAGGAGCUAAAAGCCGAGUUGAAAGAGUUGAAUGCUCCGGAUGUGAAGCCCUUCACGAUUGGACUCAUUCAGUGUGCAGUAGCAAAUGCCACCAUCGCUCAGGCCUGCUGUCGGACACUGAAAACCGGCGAGACCAGGCAAGCAUUGGUUCAAAGAGCCAACAAUGGCAUUCGAAAGCGCGGAUGGUCG